AUGAAGACUCUAAAAUGCUUUGAAUGUGGCCAAACCUUCUGGAGGCGGUGGAACUUAGCCCGCCACAUCGAGACACACAAGCAAGAGAAGGAGAAGUACAGAUGUCCCCAGUGCCCGACCCCCACAAAUUUUAGCAGAUUCGAGGAUUUAAAACGACAUACCCGACACAAACACAUGGGUGUGGAGGAUGGGAGAGAGCUAGUGAGGAAGAGGGUGAGGGAAGAAAAAGAAGAGGAGAGACGAAGUAGAAAGAAACCACGAAGUGAGGAAGAGACACAGGAGGAAAGAAAGAAACGACAUGGAGAGGAAGAAAAACAGAGAAAGGACAAGCUGAAAGGGAAGGAAGAGAAGAAACGGGGACAGGAGAAGAAACACGUAGAAGAGAGACAUGAGAAGAAACGAGAAAGGGAGGAGCAAGAGAAGAAACGAGAAGAAGAGAAACAGGAGAAGAAACGAGAAAAGGAGGAGCAGGAGAGGAAACGAGAAGAAGAGAAACAGGAGAAGAAACGAGAAGAAGAGAAACAGGAGAAGAAACGAGAAAAGGAGGAGCAGGAGAAACAAGAGAAGAUAAGAAAAGAGAACGAAGAUGAAGAGCUAAGGAAAGAGGAGAACGAGGAGGAAGGCGAGAUGCAAGAGAGGGAAGAGGAGGUUGUGGCGUAUGCCGCCUCAAUAUCUCUUCUGGACGAGGAGAUAGAAAGCUAUUUGGUUCGACCACAAACACCCGUAAAAGGACCCGGAAUAGGAAAACGGUUAACGACCAAGCAGGCACCAAGCCCAACUUCAUCAAUCCAUUCUAUGUCGUCGGCAACUUCCUCAGCCUCAUCCUCAUGUUCAUCAACAUCGUCAGUAACAUCUUCGGCAUCAAACUCAUCCUCGUUUCCGGAUUCCAACCCUCUUAAUCGGAACUUAACCCACGAAGAAGUAAAGUCAGUAUUAAAGGGGAAGGUGAUAAAACUCAUCGAACGACAUACGGUGAAGUAUAAGGACCACACCGAAACCUGGGAGAAAGAAUAUGUUUUGUCAGAGGAGUGA